AUGGACGGUGAAGGCGUCAAUCGACCCCGUUUUCAGCCUUCUUCAAAUGAAAUGUCAGGCGAUGGAAAAGGAGAAAAUCAAGCCGAAACCUUUGUAGAUAAUUCUGUCAAACGUCCAUCUGGUGUCUGCACCAUCAAAGAUGGCGGGAAUAUCAUAGAUGAUGAACUGUCAAAAUCAAAUAAAGUCGAAAUUUCCCCUUCCAAGAUUUACAAGAUACCCAAAUUUUUAAAAGAUCACCCUGAUUUACUCUCAGAGGUUACAUUAUCUUCUUACCAAUUUAAACAUGAAGUUUUACCUAAGGUUAAGCAACUUUUUUAUUACACGUCAAGUGAGAAGUUAACCAUUAAAAAAUGCUGCUUGAUUAACAAGGCAGAAAUAGUUAAAAAGUUUGUAGAAAAGAGAAAUGCCAUGAAAAAUAAUGGCUACACUGAGAAAGAACUUAUUGAAACGUAUGGAUUUAUCUAUGCUGUUGGUCCAAGAAAGGAUGAAUUUGUAAGUGAAAUUAUAAAACAAGGUUUAAAAGUUGGUAAUGAAGAAUCCUCAUUCAUUGGACAUCCUCAGAUGGGUGUUCAUCUAUCAAGAUAUGUUGAUGUUAUACCAAUAGUUACUACAGAUUCUCCUCACUGGUUUGGUCAAAUCAUCAUGUUCAAAUUUUUAAAGGGUAGAGUUAAGACUGUUCCAUUGAUCACUACUGGAAGUCAUUCUGAUCCAACACCUAAUUAUGAUUGUCAUGUCAGCAAACCAGUUUCUAUAGAAAACAAAAAUAUGACUGACCAACAGAUACUAGAUCAAAACCAGAUCUAUUUAUAUGACUAUGAUGAAGAAGGAAGAAUAGUCGAAUAUCCUAGACAAAUAAUACCUUAUGCUGUCCUAGAUGUUAUCUAUAAAUCAAUACAUUCUAAUAACACACUCAACUGUCCAUCAGGAAAGAAAUUCGGUCAUAGGUCUCCAUUGACUGUCUGCAGUAAAAUAAGUAGUGCUAAAGAAGAGUAUAUAGUAUGGAAUGGAAAAUUAAGUUUAAAAGGCUCAUAUGCCUGUAAUGUUACUAUGAUGUCUUCUGCAGGAUAUUUUAAACCAGUUAGAUUGGGAAGCAAUAUUAAUAUCUGUAAUAGAUCAGAAAUUGUACACGCUGAAGAGAAAUAUUUUAAUAAUUUAAAUCAGUUGAAUAAAUGUCAAGAAACGUUUUGGAGAAGAAGAUAUAUAAAUGUAACAGAAUUGAAACCGAAACCAGGGAGUGUAGACCAUUUUCAGAAGAUAACUAAAUAUCUAUUGGAAAAGAACUGUCUAGCUAUAGUGAAACCUGAUUCCAAUACAGUCUUAUUCCUGAUACCAUCUUGUUCUUUGACAGCUAAGUUAGGAUUAUCCAGUAGAGAAUGUGAUAAAUAUGGAAGGUUAUACUGUUUAUUUCUCUCUAAACAAUCUGCUUAUUUAAACUCUCCUCAAUACUUUUAUUGCAUGUUUAAAACAGCAGGGAAAGUUCCAGAAGUAGAAAAUUACUUUCCAAGUCAGCAACAAACAAUACUUACUAAUAAAUCAUCAAUGGACAAGUGUGAUCCAAAUUUUACCCCAAUUUAUCAAACUGGGAUUGGAACUCCAGUGAAAAAUUAUUUAGGAUGUUUGAACUUGACCAACCAAAAUGAUAAUAACAUCUCACCUCAGAUAAUUAAUCAUGCACUAUUUAAUCCUGGACCUUUAGUCAAUUCAUCUAUUCAGAACACUCCACCAAUAAAAGUAUCUCCAUAUUCAAAGUCACUAGUGUUCACUCAAUGGCAUAGAUCAAAGACUUAUGAUGAUUUUACUAAACCAAUAAGUAAUGCUGAAAAACUGAAAUUGGACAAGGUUAUUCAUACCUUUAACUGUCAGUUUUCUUUAGAAUUAUUCGAAAUAGCCGAAAGCUUACAAAUUGAAAACUCUUAUCCACAUGAAGGUGAUGAUGUGACUAAAAUAGUUCCAUAUGUUCUCUACAAGACUAACAGAAGCAUUUCAGAAAUUGUUGAUAAUGGUAACCAGUAUACAACACAAAAUCCUAACAUAUCCUGUAAAACCAAGUUAGAAUUUGAAGAAAGCAAACCAGAUAUUUCUAAAAUAAAACUCGAUUCCUGUGAUAACAUUUCCUACAUUCCAAAUUUAGGUGAUCCAUGCUUCUAUGAACAUCUCUCACCUGAAGUCGCAAGCGCAAAGCUGAAUUUCCCCAAAAUAUACAGUGGUGUUAGUAGUGAAGACAACUCCACCGACCUUGAAAGUGUUGGUACAGAUCUAGACAGUCCCAGUAUGGAUCUUACAGUUAGUGGUAUUACUACAGUUACUGAUAAGACAAACUUCCUGAAUAAUACAGUUAUCAGAAAACAAAAUAAGUAUGCUAUAAGUGAUGUGUCAAAGAAAGAAAAAGUCCCAUUGGUAGAAAAUAUUGACACAAAUAGUAAAGUUAGUCUAAAAAAUAACUCAUCAUCAAUUCCUUGUAACAACCAUGUAUCUCAGUCUACAUCAUCUAAUACAGUUGCAAUCACCAAAUCAAAUGAUACAAAUGUUGAUGGAGAAGGUUGUCCUAAAGGAGAUAUAAGCUAUGAAGAUAAAAAAGGAACCAGAGAAACAGUUGUUGAAAGAAAGAUGGCUAAUUGUAGCUUUGGUGAUGUGGAUAAUCCCAAAGUAAGGGAAGAUACAUCUGAAGAUGACUGCUUAUUUGAAAUUGCCAACCAAGUGUCAGAAAGAUGUUCCCAAAGUGAUGGCUCAGAUGUAGAUGUAGAUUAUGAUGCUUACCAGUUAGACUUUAAUUCCAAUUGUUUACCAUUACCACCUUACAACCAUAAUACUGACCCAACAGAUUCUGCUGAGGGCAUAAAUGUGUACACUUCCGUUGGAGACCUCAUGUCUCUUCAUACUGACACAUAUGCUAAUGACAAGCUCCAAAUGAAACAACCUAUACAUGAAUAUGCAUAUCAGACUGCAGCAUCACCAAAAAAGUUUCUAAAAUUGGACCAAAUUUAUAAGAAUAUUGGAUCAAGCAAUAGGCAUUGUAUUAAUUCACAUGAAGAUUCUCAGAAUUCAGACUGUAGACACAUGGAAUCACCAGAGGAUGCAGAAGUUAAACUUUGCAUGGCUGACAUUCAAAAUAAAAUGGAAACAUCUCUUCAGUCACAAGUAAGGCUUACCGUUAGUCCUGAAAUGCCAACCCUGUCCAUUGUGCCAUCUAGUAUUACAAAUAAAAAUGUGAUAUGUCCAAUGUCGGUUCUGGAAAAAUCAAAUGGAAUAAAAUCUGUUGAUAAUGCACAAUCCAAAUGUGAUAGUAACACAAGAAUCACACAUGAUAUUCUUGAAAGUCAAAGAGUAUCUCCAGAUAUAAACUUUUUUUCAUCAUCAGAAAUUUUGAAUGUUUGCAAAAACGCUUCAAACCCAGGAUCAAUUAGCCAAAACACAGACUCAACUUCUGGAGAGGAUCUCAAUUCUAGCCAAGACGUUGCAAAGCCUUUAAAAAUUAGCAUCCCAGAAGAAGAUCUAAACCUCAUACAUGCGAUUCCAGACAAAUUUAUACCAAGAUACAGCUCUGAUGAAGAGGUUUCUUUUGAUACAUCAAUCAGCAAAGGUGUACAUGAAUUAACAAAUAAUUGUCCUCCCUCUAAAAAUUCUGAAUUUGUGUUGGAUAUUUUGGAUUCAACAUCAACUGGUUUCUUGGAUGAUGAUUUGAAUCUACCAUCAGAUUCAGUGUCAUCAUUCUCUCUUGAAGAAGACUUGACUUCGGAACAAGAGUCAAAGCUUGACAGACGUGUUACUAAAGCUACUGGUAGAAAUGAAUCUCUUCGGCCUUCUUCUAAUGUAGAUGAAAUUUGUCUGAAUGAAGAUAAAUGUACUUCAAAAUUGCCUGUAAAUCCGAAACAUCCCAAAAAAAUUAAAAGUUCAGCAUUUGCUGAAGCUUCUCAGCAAAAUAUUACAAAAAUAGACUUCCAUAAUUCAAAUGCUGCUCAAAAGGAAAUAUUACUAAAUCAAUAUGUACCCUUAACUAAACUAAAGGUUACACAAGCUCAGAUUGUAGACACUGAUUCAUCUUUAAACUAUGAAGACUCAAAAGUGAAAAAUGACAUAACAGUGGUCAAUCCUCAGGCAUGUAGUAUAGAGAGUGAUGUAGACAACACAGAAAGUAGUGCUUUAUCAGAUUUUCAGAAUUUUAUGGAUAAUUCUGACUAUCAGGUAGUUGAUGAAGUUUAUAGCUCAGAUGAAACAGAAAUUUACGAUCUUGGUAAAACUGAAUCUGCUGAAAUUUGUGAAGAUCAGAUCAGAAAAGAUGAGAAAACCGUGUCAUUAGCUGAAAGAGCAAGAAACUCCAAAGAUAGAAAUAUAUACACUUUCAUGAACAAAUCUCUAGAUGAGACUAAACAUGAUGUAAAAUUAUCUCAGCCUGUUGUGAAUCUAACACGCUGUGACAGUCCAAACUCUCCUUUUAAUGUUAAAAAACUCUUUCCAUCAAAAUUUAUUGACAUUAAACCAUUUAAUGAGCUAUUUAGUGAAAGUAUCAGAAAAAUUAAAUUGGCAAAAUCUUCAAAUAAGUUGAAACUGUCUAAAAAAUUUGAUAAUGAUGACCAGAAUUUCUUGUCCAAAUUAGAAACUGUUUGUGGGGAUGAUAGUGACAGCAGUAUCUCUUCUAAUAUUUCUCACCAAUCUGAGAGUAACUGCUCAAAAUCUACUCACAGAUCUAGACACUCUCACAUUAAGUCCAAGAAUAAAGAGCUGUCAGCUUUUGACAUUGGUACCUCACGCACUGAUUUGUCUAAACAUGAUAGAAAAAGCUCUAAAGAUGUCAAACAUUCAUCUGAGAAAUCCAGUCCUGAACAAACAUCAUUGGGUAAACAUCAUCAUCAUCAUCACAAAAAGUCUAAGAAACAUUCCAAAACCAAAUCAGAUACAGUGUUAGAGAAAACUUUUAAAGAAACAGCCCCUCAUAAAUCAAAACACAAGAAAUCAAAAUCCAGCGCAGUAAAGCAAUUGGAAUCAGUUGAUCUGAAUAAGAAAUUAAAGAAAGAUUCUCACAGAAGAUCCAGAUCAGAUGAUAUUGUUACUAACAAAUCUGAUCAUAGAAAAUCUAAGCAUUCCAAAAUUCUUUUACAAACAAAGAAAUCAUACAAUACCAAGAGCGAAAAGGGAACACAGUUGAUUAUUUCUCCUUCCAAAUCAUCAAAUGUUGGGCCAAUAAAUGAUCAAAAAACUAUCGAAGAAAUUAAAGGAACAGCACUUCUUACCAAUUUUACCAUUCCAAAGAAGAAAGGUAAAAAAUCAAAAGAAGACAAGUCAAAGCUCAAUGUAUCAUCAUCUGUGGAAAAAGCAUCUACUGAAAACUUAAAACAGGACAAACAGCCUAAAGAUAAGAUACCAAAAACUAAAUUGCUAACGUCUGCCUUGAAGCAAGCAGGGCUAGAGUUAAGAAAACCAUCCGUAAAGAAAGUUGAAUUCAAGAAGAUGUCUAAAGUGGAAAAUGUGAACAAUAUUGGUAAAAGGGUGGAACAAAACCUAGCUGAACAAUUAAAGGGCAGUGAUAGUAUUGUGGAGAAGUUUAUGUUGAUAUCAGCUACAGAGUUUCCCAAUGUAAAAGACAAGAAUGGUCAGGCUACAGAACUUACCUCAAAGUCAGGCACAGCUAAAGAUAAUAAAAAAAAUCGCCAAUUCCAUCCAUACACUGCUCCCCACAUUCCAAAGAAAAAACAAUGGGCUUCAUUUGAUCUACCAGUAAGUGAUCUAAAGGCCCUCAUGCAAGAUUUAACUACUUAUUCAUACCGCUCAUACAAUCGACCUAUGAACCCUGGUGGUGCUAAAAGAGACAGAUUUAAUAGACGUCACGAAAGACGUUUUUCUAAUUAUGUGUUUGAAAGAUCUGAGGUACCAGCUGAUGAUGAAGAAGUUGAAUGUGAUUAUGAUGCUGAUGAUUUCAUUGAUUAUGAAGAGAGAAAGAAGCAAGCUGAUUUGGUAGAUCAGCCACUAGAUGAGGAAGACAAACUACUUCAUCACAAAGUUGAUUUCAUGUUUGAAGAAGAAUUGAGACUAUAUUCAGGUCAUUGUGAAGAAGAGGAAGAUUAUAUCAGAAUGCAUCAAUCUGCUAUUACGGAUCAGAUUUUGAAGGAAGAGAGCACAGCAGAUAUUGAAAUUAUGGCCAGUCCAACCAAUAGUGUUGAAUCAUUGCCAAAAUAUUCAAUAGAACAAGAUGUCACUAAUGACAUGAUGGAUUUGGAAUCAGAAAAUGAAUUUGUUACUCAGUCUGAAAGUGCAUCUGUUAUAGGUGCAGCCAUAGCUGAUGCAAUACCAGGAAUGGCUGUAACGUCAGACACAUGUGAUGAUGGUUUGAAAUUGGACUCUAGGCCUAGCGAGAGAUGCAUGCAACCUAAGAUAACAUUAAACCUAACUAACAACAACUCCAACCUGGACAGUAUAGUCUCACCUAACUAUUCAGAAUUACAAUCAAAUGCUCAUAAAGCAGAGAAUGUGUCUUUGGUUCAUUUGUCUCCUAAUAAAUUUGAUUUAAAUACAGUUAAAGAAUCUGUUUCUCUUUCAAAAGUAUUGAAGACUGCAGAACCUAGUUGUACCAACCAUGAAUCAAACAGCAAAUUAAUCUUCACUAAUACAGAAGGAGUUUCUGAAAGAUGUAAGUCUGACGCUUCAGCAUUGAUGAGUUCUACAAUUAAGUUUGACAUUAAGAAGACAAAUUCACCUAAAAAUUUGGAAGCCAAGAAAAUAUCAGUUCAAAUUGGACAUGCUCUUGAAACCGUUCCUCAUAUUCAAUCUGAAAUCCUUCCAAAACAAGAUUCUGUGAUGAACCAAAAUCUGAUUCAGGUUCCAUUGUGUACCGAUAUGCCUCAACCUUCUAUUACCAUCAUUGAAAAACCAGAAGGAGAUGUCAACAAGAAAACUUCAGACAUAUGUGAUAGAUCCACCAACUUUUCUCUUGAUCAGAAUUUUCCAAAAUUGGCAACCUUUUUUAAAGUUGAUCAAGAUUUACUUUCCAAAGUGUCUAAGACUAUAUUUAAGUCUGCUUGUUCUAUUGAUAAGAAUGAGAAUGAAAAAUCAACCAGUAACAUAAAUAUAAAAUCCUCUCCAAAUUUAGUAACUGAAACAAAUACUGAGAUGAAUAGCAGGAUUAAAGUUAUUAAAGACUCAGCUAAUAUUGAUGAACCCAUCCACAUUCCAUUAUUGGAGAAGAGGAAAUCCCCUGACCUAUCAAUAAGAACUGAAAUAAUAGAUGAUUUGGAAUCGAUGAGAAAUCUUCUGAAUUGUGACCUAAAAUCUUCACAUUUGAAAGGUUAUCCAAAAGAUUUUCAGAUGCAGACUAUUUCUUAUGACUCUGGAGUAAGACAAAAACCAGUCCCAUUCCAUGAGAAGUUCGAGCAAAUGGAUCAAAUCGUUCCAAAGCCUGUGUUGUCUGCCAUAUCACAUGAUAUUGUUAUCAAACCUAUCAGCAACAAUUUAAAGACUACCACUUCCCAGUUUCAAUCAGCUUUACCCAGUCGAUCUGGCAAUACUGAGCUCCUCUGCUUUAGUAAACCUUCAAACUUUCAAUUUGGAUCCAAACACACUGCAUUAUGUGAUACCAGUACACAGAUUGCUGAUCAAAAGGAUGGAAACAUUUUAAGAGAUUCAAGCACACCAAUAAUAGAUGAAAAGAAAACAUCCUGUUUUGAGUUUGAUACUCCAGUGAAAGAUGAGAUCUCAAGAAAUAAAUCUAUAACUGUAACUGGACCCAAGAAAGUGGCACAGUUACAAAGUAAUAUUGCAAACCAUAAAUCUGAAAUCACAAAAUCUGAUUUGGAGUUGACACCAUGUUUUGAUCCAAUUAGUAAUGAAACACAAACAAAAACUCACAAUACCAGUGAUAUGCAUGAAGUUAUGAUGAACAUGUGGAAAAAAAUUACCAGCAGACCUGAUCCAAGAAAGGUUUCCCCAAGAAAGGUACAAUCAUGUUUUUCAAGGAAUGUCAACAGUUCAGAAGAUACUGAUUCUGAAGCUAGACAAUCCAGACCAAAAUUACAUGAUCCUAGAAAAGCCUCCCCAAGGAAGAUUCAAGGUCCUAUUGCAGAUGAUGUAAAAGAGUCUCAGACGGAGGCAGGUGUACUAAUAAAAACUAAACCAAAGACUUUCCCAAUUAUCUUUGAUUUGUCUACACAUACCAACCCAGACAAGAUACAACCAACAUCUGACAAAACAACUACUGUGAAGAAACCAACGCCAACAUCAACUUCUGUUAAGAAAGUAAGACACAUUUCUGGUGUGCAUCCUAAAUGUAAAGAUUAUUGGCAGUUUACUGUAGAGUCAAUAACUUUUGUCAAUCUACAUAUCAAGCAUAUUGCUGAUCCAGCACUGAAAGACUUUACUAUAGAGUUCAAACGUUAUUUUAAAGAUCCUAGAAUGGAAAUGGAGAAAAGAUGUAUUCCCAGGAAUUUAUGUCCUAAUACAGGCCUGGUCCUUAAACCAAAGUCCAGAGACAUCCUAGAGAAAAAAUGUCAAAAUUCCAAGAAGCCCACUAGGACAGUUUCAGGAGACUCCCUUAAAGUUCAACUACAAGCUUCAGAGCAAUUAGAAAAAAUGAAACCAACUUUUCAAAAUGAACUGCAAAAACCAAAUUCUGAAGCAGACAAGCAACAACAAUCUAGACUUUUGAAGAAGGAAUUAAAAAAUUUGCCUUUGAUUUCAUCAGAGAAGAAGAAAAGUAAUAGAAAACCUUUAAGUACAACUUGUGAUAAAAUGGCCACCUCAAUAGUUCAAUGCAACAUAGAAGAUGAUUCCCAAGACCCUAAACCAAAGUGUAAAAAAAUUCUUUCAUUUGAUGACAAGUCCAAAACAUUGAUUCCUUGUGGAACUAAGAGAAAAGCUGUAUAUGAUGAUAAUCAAAUUUCAAAAAUCAGCAAACAACAUGAUGCAUCAAAUAAUAAAGAUAAAUCUUUGAGAGAAGAGCUGCUAAAGCAUGCUUUUGAUUCAAAUAGUGAGCCAACUUCUAAGAGCGAGAAGAUUGUUUUACCAGCUUUUAAACCAGUUAGACAUCAAGCUUCAGCUAACAAUACGAUUGUACAAACCUGUCUUACAUCUAGCUUUAUUGAAAGUGACACAAGUUCCAAGAAAACUUUGAAAAAAGUUAAUGUGUUAACUAGUCCUUCAAACGAUAUGUGUGAUCAGAAGACUGUGAAAGAACCUGAAGUGAAAAUUGACACCUCUUCAGAUCAUGGUAAACUGUAUGAUAAUAGAAAAUUAAUACCACCAUUAGUGGUUCCUCAAAGGAAAGAUUUAUUUUUAUCUACCAAUAAGGAUGACACUCUAUCUUCCAUAGAUAAACAUUCAACUGCUGAGACCUAUUCUAAAAAUGCAGUGAACGUUAAUACAAAAACUGAAAGUUCCAAUCUAACCCCAGAUACCAGUAUAAUUCAGGAUUCAACGACAUCAAUAAUUGCUAGUGAAUUGGCAUUUUUAAAAGGUGAGUCAGUCACAUCAAACAAAAUGUCAUUAGAUGAUGAGGAAAACACUAAUAAUCACUCUCAAAUCACCACUUCCCAAACAAAGAAUGAAAGAUCAUGUGGAGAUGACAAGGAAGAAGGUGAAUUAGUCAGUAGUGAUGAAAGUAUAAUAUUUGUUAAAGAAACAAAACAUCAAUCAAGGAAAAAGAUGAAAAGAAAAAGACAUAUUUUGGAUGCUUGGGAGAAUAAAGAGUUAAGUCUGGUUGACUCAAUAGCUGAGAUAAGAAAUGAAAAACACGAAAAGAAAGUAAAAAAAAGACAUCAGGUGGAUGCAGAAUUGCCUUGUAAAAAAUCUAGAAAUAUUGAAAAUAUCUUGUUGGCGAAAAAAAGCAAGAUUACUGACAAAAUGAAUGACAUUCUUAUAUCCGGUAAUCAAAAUUCAAGUGACAUUAGUGAACUAAGAGAAACUAAAAGCCCUCCCCAGUCUCUAAGUGAAUCUGACCAAAAAACUGUAAGUGACAAAGAAUAUAUCAAAACCAGAAGUGAAUCUGAUAAUCUUAGAGACUUGUCCAUUUGUGACACAUAUAUUCCCUAUGAAAUUAAAGCCAUGGUAAAAGAUCAGGAAAUGGUUCAAGCCAGUGUGUGUAGAGAAAUAGCUGAGGAUGAAAAUCAAGUAGUAGGCCUAAUUUCUCUGCCCAAUGAACUAUCUAAUUAUGGUGAAACAAACAUAGAUUUGUCUGAAAUUCAAACUGUUAAAAGAAGCUCCUUAAUCACAGAAGAACAAGGGAAUAUUAUUGAAAGACAUUAUGAGUUGGGAGAAUUACCAGCUCUCUUUUCAGAGAAAAAAAGUGAUUCUCAUUAUGGAGAAAACAUAUUACCAUUUGAACCGGUGGAUCAAUUAGGUACUCUUUCUCCUGGUAGUUUUGCAUGUCCAAUUCAACAAAGGAUAAGUCCUCUCAGUGACAUAUCUUUAUCUGGACAUGAAAAACCUCAUCUUAGACUGCAACACCCAACAGUGAAUCUACAACCUCAAUUAGAAACACCAAAUGUGGUAAAUGUUAAUAAUAGUAUUUUUAUUAGAAAUGAAACACCUAUUUUCAGCAAUUACAACUUUAAUUUUGGUCCAGUUCAUUAUCAUAAUCACCUGCUUCAGCAAGUGAAUCCUGUGUUCAAAUAUCAAAUGUAUGGGCAGCAGAGUUUUUCCCCAGUUCCACACAGAAAUAUUCACAUAAAUCCAGCUAUGAUUCUGCCAAGAGAAUCUCUUCAUAAUCCAAACUUGGUUUUAAUGCAACAGGGAGCACGACAUGGUCACUUCAUUACACAACCAUCAUUAGCCUCCACACCAAGCUCUUCAAGAAGUCUCUCGCCAACAUCACCUGAUUUCUACAAUUAUUCUCAUCGACUUGUCAGUGAUAGGGAUCCAAUGCUGUCAGACUCAGUUCAACACAUGGCACCUGACUACUCACCUAAAAUGCUGGAACCUAAAAGGCCCAUGGUUGAGGAUCUUGUUAGUCAAGAUUCAAUGAUGUCUCAACAUCAACAUAUCUACAUAAAAAACAUCAUGGAUUCCCCAAAGUUAUCAAUGGAAGCUGUUCUGAAAAAAAGAGAACAAGAUCCUUUGCUUCCUCAGGAUUUACAUAAGAAGAGUACAACAUCAAUACCUUCUUUAAACUCUGAAUCUUUAUUCUUGAAAGAAUCAAUGAAAAUGAAAUUAUGUGAGUUGAAUGAAAAGACCCAUAAUAAGUUAAACGAUGUUGUCAAUGAAGCAUCCACCUCUGCAAACUAUGGAGAUACUGGAAACAUUACACCUGCCAGGUCUGCUUCUCAAGAAAAUUAUCGCCCAAUAUACCCAAAACCAUUUUCAUCUGUAAACUGUGUCAUUAUGUUAGAAGAUAAUUUUAUUCUUCAUCGUUCAUUGGAAAUACUAGAAGCUUUGUUUCUACAGUUAUCACAUUCAGUUCAAGGAUGGAAAGUGUUUAUUCAUGCUAGUGUUAUAUCAAUUAUUGAGAAAAGGAGCAAUCAUGGCAUAUUUGAUGCAUUAACAGUGGAAGCUAUGCAGAGAUUUUCUUUGGUGGAGAAGUAUAAACUGCGAGGACUUAUUGUUCUGGUCAACACAUGUAGAUGUACUUCUAGUCUGUCACUAGUGGAGGAGAAGGCUGUGUGUUUAAAACAGAUACAAAGUGUCUUGUAUCCCAAAUCUGUACAUACAGUUCUCAUAACAGAUUUUGUGAAUAAUAUGCAACAGAUGAAUAAUGGUUUAAUCAUUUCAAGUUUAGAUCCAUUUUAUAAACGAUUUUGCAGCAGAUAG